ACAGACCGUUUAACUGUCGACAAGAUUUACAAAGACGUCCAUUUCCGACUUAAAGAAUGCAAAAACAAUAUCUAUAUAAUUGCCAAGGUUUCCACCUGUACGGACUAGACCCAAAGGAGAGUGCCAUGGUAUUUUCGAUUAACAUAACUGUAAAAAAACUGUAUACCAAUAAACCGUAGGUGCUGGCGGAAUAUUCUAGUGGUGUAUUGCGUACUUGCUGUAUAAAGCAAGGCGAGGCCCGCUAUAUAAUAAUUUCAUGAAGGUGCAAUAAACGUAGUUAAUGUGAGUUCUUGAAAUAGAAGCGCAUAAAAUGGAAUUAUUGCGACUGUUUAUUGCCUUAUUAUCAAUCUGGGGCGUGUCGAGCUCCGGUGUCACCAUAGGGAUAACACCAUACUCUCUCCCAAUUUACUCGCAGUACCACGCGCAGGAUAUUUUGGGACAGUACGCGUAUGGAUAUGCGACACCCACGAGUACUAAAAGUGAGACGAAGAGUGCUAACGGGGUCACCGUUGGCGGAUACUCGUAUUUAGACUCGUUUGGGAUAUUGCAAACUGUACGCUAUUUCGCCGAUCCCAUUCACGGAUUUCGGGUGGCGGCAACGAAUCUACCACAAGAUCUUCCCGAUGUGGCGCUAGCCAAAGCUCAACAUUUGGCAGAGUUCCAAGCCACGCAAUCGGAGCGUGCUGCCAUUGCUGCGCAUUACACUAACCCCAUCGUUGUGCCCGUUUCGCAAGUAAAGAAAAUUGAAUUGUUGCCAACGCCAGUUCAAGACUUACCCGAGGUGGUAAAAGCAAGGGCUGAACAUCUAGCCAAGUUUCAAGCGACACAAGCCGAACAUGCUGCACUUGCGGCCCACAGUGCAACGCCCGUUCCGGUUCAAGACCUCCCUGAGGUAGCUCGAGCAAAAGCGGAACACCUUGCGACUUUCGAGGCGAUAAAAGCCCGUGAUGCUUCUCAAGUUGUUGUGAGUCCACUCCCCGCUCACAUUUCCGCUCCUGUAGUUGCACCGGCAGCGAUUCCCUAUUACUCGUACGUGCCUGCCAUACCAUUACUCCCAUCAUCCCAGUACCACGCCCAAGACGGAAUCGGCCAAUACUCAUACGGUUACGUUGGCCCAUUAAGCUCGAAAAGCGAAGCAAAAACAGCGGACGGCAUAACGCGUGGUGGAUAUUCUUACUUGGACGCUAGGGGAGAAAUCCAAACCGUAAGUUAUAUUUCCGAUCCCGUUAACGGUUUUCGUGUUGCGGCCACCAAUCUACCCGUUGCUCCUGAAGUAUUACUUAAAGGGCCCAGCGCGAGUGCUAAAAUUGUAGCUCCAGUUGCGCCAACGAUUUAAGUAGUUUAGAGAAGUGGUCCUAUGAUAUAAAAAUUCUUGCAUUGAUAAAUAUAGGUAACUAAUUAAAUAAAUACCAACGACAUACCAAAAUACUGGCAUGAAGCCACAUGGUAGCUAUUUACUUUAGGCUAAAAAUGUACCUGUACGCAUAAAUAUGAAGUAAGAAGAAUAGAUGUUAUUAAAAUUUCAAUCACUUUGUAUAACCAUCA